GUAUUGGACACUUGUUUAAUCCCAUGCUGCUAUGGUUGUACGCCCACAACUUUUCGAAAUUCUUGUCACACAAGGUGUAUAGUUUUUUUAUGCUGAUAUCGGCUAUUAAUUCCUCUGUGAAAUACAUGGUAUUAUUAUUCUGAUUAUUAGACGCGUCCUUAUUUCCAUACCACUUUUCUAAUAAGUGAAAUAUCUUAGUAGCAAAUAAUUGAUUCUACAACUAGAUAUAGUGUAGUUUAGUUGUACCUCAGGUGAAUAAGUAUUACCUCAACACUGUAGGACCACACAUAUGUUACUACUGUCAUGUAUCUCUUAUAUAAAUCUUUGGAUGAUCUCUUCAAAGAGAGACAACGAUAUCUGUUUCUGACAGAUCACUUUUACGCGUUUAAAAUAGACAAAAUUCUUUCACCAAAGACACAUGUAGUAUUGAUAUUUUUUGCCUCGAAAUGUGGUACUCUGUGACGGAGUUUUACCCAUUAUUCAUUGCUUACAGUAUAUUACAGCUAUAUUUGUAGAUGUACAUUCUUUAUAUCUGCUUUUUUUCAAAAAAAUGCAACUAAAUAUUUCGCAACUCUUAGGAAUGUGUUGAGAGCCACACGUAUAAAUAAUCUGAAGAGUAAGAACAGAUUCUCUGUGUUGGAGAAGUUUGUAUAUCUGCGAUUUCCAUAUACGAGGUUAAGAAAGGAUUUUACCCUGAAAACUACAUAGUAUGAUAGAAAGCAGCAGACCUUUCAUAUGGAUUAGGUUUGGGGAUAAUAAGAAGGCGUUGGUUAAUAUGUGGUGUUCUUUCGAAAUAUUAAUUAAUCAUAUCAUCAGUGUGUGCGAAAUAGAUCCUGAAAUGACAUUCGAUUUGUGCGAUACAUCGGGAAGAUUGCUAGGCCUUACUGAUGCACAAAUAUACCAGCAAUCCAUUCAAAACUUAGAAGGAGGUGCUGUUUACAUCCUUGUAGCCAUUGAAGAUAAACCGGAUCAACAAGUUAGUAUACGUCCACUUCUCGAGAAUAUUGAGCAACAUUAUCCAAACUUAACAGAGCUGAUACUGCAGAAUUUACACGACAAGACAGAUAGAUUUUCUAAGAAGAAGCAUGCCAAAAAGUUGCCCAUUACACCGAAACUAGCAACCAGCAGAAAAACGAAGAAAUAAAACAUUGUCAAAAUAAAGAUUCCUG